AAUGGAAACGGUUUAACAGCACUAGCGGUCUCUAUUUGGUUGACCCAGAUGGCAGUGGAGGUGUGACCGCUUUUGAGGUGUAUUGUGACAUGUCAUCCACUCCACCCACGGCUUAUUUCCACCAUGACCAGGAAGUCAGGACACGGGUCAACGGAUAUGAAGACGCGAUGUCGUACUCAGUUAGCUUAACUUACACCGUCAGUAUAAGCAAUGUUGUCGCAUAUGUGGAUAAUGUUGGUGUGAGUUGCUCUCAGUACCUGAAAUACGAAUGCCGUGGUUCGACCCUUCGACAAUAUGGCGGAUGGUAUGACCGUGAUGGAAAUAUAGCGACGUUUUGGGCUGGCGGAACACCAGGUGGUGCUUCAUAUAACUGCGCAUGUUCAAGAGAUGGAUCCUGUGCAGAGCCUUCAGAUCAUUGCAAUUGUGACGCAAAUGACAACGUUUUGAGAUCGGACGAAGGAUAUAUCACACAGUCAAGUUACCUGCCGAUAACUAUUGUAAAAUUUGGAGAUACCGGCGACUCUGGCGAAGAAGGCUAUCACACAGUAGGGCCACUUGUCUGCCAAGGAUAAAUAUUUAAAAAGAACAACCUUCGUGAUAUUGGUAUAUAAAAACAUAUUAAGUAUUUUUAAUUAUAUCUGUGGCUGAGAUGAGAGCACUUGGAUAUUAUGGUAGACUACAGUAGCAUAGACUUAAACCGUCUGGUAUUUGGGUUAAGAGCAAAUAUCAUCUUUUUUAAUCGUGGUGUUUUUGAAAUUUGAGAAAAACUGCACGUUUUUUUAUUGAACAAACUUUUAUUUUUAAAAAAUCUCCACCUACAUUGAAAGAACACCGUACUCUUUGGUACAGCUGUUUUCCUUAUGGCAGCUUCCGGUGGAUUGUCAUUCCGUCUGGGAAAAUCUUUUAAAAUGAGCUUGCAUUUCACAUUUAACGCAGCCUAUGUAACGAUUACAAGAGAAAGGAGACAGAUUGCAUGACGUGGCCGACCGUAUGUGUUAUGGUUACAAAUGGAUUGCAUUAAAAGCCCGCUGCCCACGGCAGUCGUACCAUGGGCCAAAGUAACUUAGUAUCGAGUCCUGACGUACGCAUUUGAUGUGUUGUGUACUGUCAGUGGCGACAUUAUCCACAUAGGCUGCGAUCAGCUCGAUAUCCACUGAAAUAAAAACUUCCUUUUUAACGUUUCACUCUGGGGCAGACCAACGACCUGUACAGAACGAAUCAAUUCAACCGAUAUUUGAAAGGACUCCGGCUUUUUAAACAGAAGAAAAGAGUUUACUACCCAUUUUGC